AGAUUGGAUGAGGAAAUCUUUUGAAAAAAAAUCAUUCUCCAAAAUUUAAAUAAUGGUAGUGAAAUAGAUUAAUAGAGUGGUACAGAGCAUUGAAUGCAUUUUGCAACUUGUUUGCACACGCAUCACUUGCCUCUUUCCUAGUAGCUGCUGCUCACUUCCUACAUUCCCUUCUUCCCAGUCUUUUUAUUGAAUCAGAGCUCCUCUUUCCUUCCAAUCACAUCUCUCUCUCUCUCUCUCUCUCUCUCUCUCUCUCUCUCUCUCUCUCUUUCUCUCUCUAGCCAUGAGCCCAACACCAUCAGAAGAAUCUAUCGAACAAGAAAUUUCUCAGCAGAAUGUGAAGAGGGUAUCAUGUACCACUGUUCUCACAUUGGCUUAUCAAAGUCUUGGGGUGGUUUAUGGUGACCUCAGUACCUCCCCUCUCUAUGUCUACAAGACGACCUUCUCUGGGAAGUCGAGCCUUCAUGGGAAUGAUGAAGAGAUUUAUGGGGUGCUUUCCUUCAUCUUCUGGACAUUUACUCUUAUAGCUCUCUUCAAAUACAUCUUCAUUGUGAUGUCAGCUGCUGAUAAUGGUGAAGGUGGUACCUUUGCAUUGUACUCCUUACUUUGCCGGCAUGCAAGAUUGAGCAUUCUGCCCAAUCAACAAGCCAUAGAUCAAAAGUUGUCAGCCUAUGCAAUGGAAAGAUCAGCAGACACACGGCAGAGCUUUGUUAUGAAAUCAGUCUUUGAGAAGCACCCAAAAUUUCGCCAGGGGCUAUUGAUUUUUGUUUUGCUGGGAACCUGUAUGGCAAUUGGUGAUGGAAUUCUCACUCCUGCAAUAUCAGUUCUUUCAGCAGUUUCGGGUGUUCAACUGAAAAUCACAGAGCUCCAUGAGAAUCAUGUUGUUCUAAUCUCGUGUGUCAUAUUAGUGGUGCUUUUCUCUCUUCAGCACUAUGGAACACAUAGAGUUGCCUUCAUGUUUGCUCCAAUUGUCACAGCAUGGCUUCUGUGCAUUAGUGGCAUUGGGAUAUAUAACAUCUUGAGGUGGAAUCCACAUAUAUUUUGUGCCCUUUCUCCAACUUACAUGUUGAAGUUCCUUAAAAGCACAGGCAUUGAAGGAUGGAUAUCAUUAGGAGGAGUGGUUCUCUCAAUCACAGGUGUAGAGAUGAUGUUUGCUGAUUUGGGCCAUUUCUCUGCGCUCUCAAUUAAGAUUGCAUUCACGGUUCUAGUGUAUCCCUCUUUGAUUCUUGCAUAUAUGGGCGAGGCUGCAUAUCUCUCCAGGCACCAUGAAGAUCUCCAAAGAAGCUUUUAUAAAGCCAUACCAGAAGCUGUGUUUUGGCCAGUGUUCAUAGUUGCCACUUUUGCAGCUGUUGUAGCAAGUCAGGCUGCAAUCUCAGCUACAUUCUCCAUUAUAAGCCAGUGCUGUGCAUUAAACUGUUUUCCUCGUGUGAAAAUUGUUCAUACGUCACAAAAAAUAUCUGGACAGAUUUACAUACCGGAGGUCAAUUGGAUGUUGAUGUGCCUCUGUUUAGCUGUGACAAUUGGAUUAAGGGAUACUAACAUGAUGGGUCAUGCUUAUGGGCUGGCAGUGACUACUGUUAUGCUUGUGACAACUUGCUUGAUGGCAAUGGUGAUGAUAAUCGUGUGGAAGCUACAGAUAUUUACGGCUGUUGCAUUUUUGGUGUUUUUUGGAUCAAUGGAACUCCUUUACAUCUCUGCAUCAUUUUGCAAGGUCCCAGAAGGGGGUUGGAUCCCACUUGCUCUGUCCUUGAUCUUCCUGACUGUAAUGUAUGUUUGGAACUAUGGAACUUUGCAGAAACACCAGUUUGAUGCGGAGAACAAGGUUUCGAUGAAUAGAAUAUUGCGUUUAGGGCCAAGCCUUGGCAUGGUCCGGGUACCUGGAAUUGGGCUCAUCUACACUAAUCUGGUGACAGGAGUUCCAGCUGUUUUUGGACAUUUUGUGACGAACUUACCAGCUUUCCAUCAGGUCCUUGUUUUUGUAUGUGUGAAGUCUGUUCAAGUCCCCUAUGUCUGUGAAAAGGAACGGUUUCUAAUAAGUAGAGUGGGCCGAAAAGAGCAUAGCAUGUUCCGGUGCAUUGUCAGGUAUGGAUACAAGAAUCUUCAACAGGAAAACUACGAUUUUGAGAAUACACUGGUAUCUGAACUCGUACAGUUUGUUGAAAAAGAAAAAGAAAGUGGUUUGGGACCAAUAACUGAAGAAUCAUCUAGAGAGUUUGGAAACUUAGAUAUUGAAGCCCUUGGUGCUUCAGAGCAGACUUUCAAUGACCCUAGUCAUGAAGAAAACUCAGUGCAGUCUUCACAUGAUAUCCAAGUAAUGAAAUCUGGCGAUGAGCAGUUGGAAAACUCUCUUCCCAAUGAAGAGUCUCUGCAGAUACUGAAAGCUAGGGAAUCUGGGCUUGCAUACAUUCUUGGGCAUUCCCAUGCAAAGGCGAAGAAAUCCUCUUCCAUUGUUAAGCAAGUUGCUAUCGAUUUUGUGUAUGCUUUUCUAAGCAGGAACUGCAGAGGCCCUGAUGUUGUUCUGAACGUGCCUCAUACUUCUUUGCUAGAAGUCGGUAUGAUUUAUUAUGUCUAACUUGAACAAACUGCGCGAGCAGAAUCGCUUGCUAGCCUAACUGUAACAAAGACGCACCAAAGAAGAUGACACAGGGAAACUGGGAAGGAAGCUCCUAGCAGUUCCAUCAAGACCAAAGGAUUUUUUUUUCCCAUCUUUUUUUAUCAUAGAUCCCCAGCUUUGAAUGUUAAGAGUUUGAAUUCAUGGAUAUCAUUCAACUAAACCCACAUAGCAAAAUUGUCAUUUUUCUAGAGAUGUA